AUGCUAAAACAACUUGAAACGAUAACUCAGGUUCUCGAUCUUCACAAUUACUAUCGAGCCCAGCAUCAAGUCGGCCCACUGAAACUCAACAAUAGUCUCAAUAAUUUUGCACAAGAGUGGGCAAACCGUCUAGCAUCGACUGGCUCAUUUAAUCAUCGAUCCAACAAUCGAUAUGGAGAGAAUCUUGCAAUGGGCAGUGGACACUAUGGGACAAUGCAAAGUCUGGUGAAGGGUUGGUACGACGAGGUGCGAAGCUAUUCUUUUGGUUGGGGCGGGUUCUCUGGUUCAACUGGACACUUCACUCAACUCGUCUGGCGGGGUUCAAAAUCACUGGGUGUUGGCAUUGCGACAGGUCGAGAUGGAUCCACUUACUUGGUUUGCAACUACGACCCACCGGGCACGACUCUCUUUGCACACUUUGUAUCAAAGUUGAGAGAGAGAGAAAAGCUUAUUCAAACACGUCAU